AUGGACACGACCGGGAUGGGCAUAGACGUAGACAUCUCGGCUGCCGGGGCAGAAAUCUUCCAAUCGUCCCAGGCGCAGGGGACGCCGCAUCAGACUGUUAACUCGCUGGAUUGGGGGAGCGCAAACCAGGUCUUCCAGCAGACCAAUGUGGCUGGGCAGCAGCAGCAGUCUCAGGUCCAGGCUGUCCAGCAAAGCCAGCCGACAAGGCGUGAGCGCCCCCUUGCGCCGAAAACCGUCAACACGUCGAGCCCGAAGUUCAGCCAAGCGUCUCCUGGUCAGAAUUACUCGUUCGCUUCCUUCCAGAUGCCCAUGGACGAUCCAUUCAACACUAGUCCUGGAGGAGUCGACCCAGGGUUGCUGUUCAGCCAGCAAUCGUCCUUGUCAAUACCACUGGAGCCGUCACCACAGCGGCCUUCGUCUUCAGCACCGCUUGUCAGCUCCGGGCUUGAUGGGUCGAGUGCGCCUAUGCCCACAAACGACAUUCGCCGAUCGAAGAGCACCGGAGCCCAAGGCCAGCGCAAUCAGCCGGCCCGCCCACCGGCUGCGAUUUCUCCCACGAAGAGCUCAGCUGCCAAACCGGGCUUGUCCCGUAGUUUCAGUGAAAGUGCCAGACCCGGCAAGCGCACAGUAGGCAGUGGCCGUCCCCUCCUGCCCACGUUGGCUCCAGCGCCCGUGGCUGUGCAUCAGCCCAGUCUGCCCCCUACUGCCAACCAAGGCAACGCCUUGACGCAGUCGCGAGUUGUGCGAUCCGGCGGCAGGAGAUCGCCCGUUAAAUCAUUGCAUCACCACCGGCUAUCCAGCCUCACGUCAAUCCCUGAAAACACCAUUAGGACACAAGCUCGGCAGAGGAGUGCCAAAUUGGCGUCCGUCAAGUUCGUCAUCGACGAAGACGGGCGGGCGCGCACCGAAACCGUUGUCGAUGACGAGGACGACCUCGAGCCUGUCCUUCCAAGCAGCAACCAGCCAGGUAGCCAGCGCAGUUCUUGGACAGGUUUUCCGGUCAAGCCCGACAUUGAUGAAGACGAGUGCUCCUCUUCAUCUGACGACGAGCCCAUAAUAAUACCGAGUCGCAACACAUCCUUUGAUUUUCCCGAGCCCCCUCGGAGCUCAGCCUCCUCGAUGUCAAGGCCGCCCACUGCCGCAAGCAAUAUGUCGCAGAACCGGCGGCAGCGCUCAGUCAGCGAGCGGAGCUCCUUCUCUUCCACCUCGUUCCGCCGAAACCCUCGAAACGAUCCAGCCACCAGCUUCGCGGACCAGAUGGAAAUCGACCAACAAGAAGCACCAACACCGACAAGGCCGUCCACGGGCGGCAGCCUAGGAGACGCCGCGGCAGAGCUGAGGAAAGUAAUGCAAGCGGGCACCAGCAAGCGGCCCGGCGCACCGGCCCAAGUGGCACCGGCAAGCAGCGGAGGCAGCAGUGGGCACCGGCAGCGGUUCACGCCCGGCCAGCGGAGCAGCUCAUCGACUAUCUCGGCGACACCGUCGCCGACGCACAACCAGAGCCAGGGACAGGUGCGGUGCGUGUGCAACCGGCCUGAGGCGGAAGUCGAUGGGCUGCUGCAUCUGAUCAAGUGUGACUCGUGCGACUACAUGCUGCACGGCCGCUGUGUGGACGUGCCCACGCCGCAGGACGUCCCCCACGUAUACAUCUGUGCCUUCUGCGCCAACACGCCCAACAUGCGUGGCGGGAGGAUGCGAUACACGGGCAGGAAUCAGAGUGACGGUGGCGGCGGCGGCGGCGGCGGUGGUGGCGGGAUGAUGGGACCCCCGGCGUUGACUGCUGCGUCUGCGUCGUCACCCCUGGCGCACAAGUCGUUUCGGUCGUUUCGUUGA